UGCUCCCCAGAAAGCAGAAGAUCCCCAUCAUUAUCAACUUCCAUUUGGUUCAUGCUUGUCAUGCCAUCUACCACCCAAUUCAUCGACUUUUCUACCUUGUGCGCAUCUCAUCAAACUUGGACCGUCAAAUUACAAUUAAACUACAUUAGAAUUUAGAACAAACUGGUGACCAAAGUACCUUAAUUAAUGAUCCUUAGAUUUCAUAUUUGACAAUCCUUAAACUUUUAAAUCCUUCAAAAUCAACGGUAGUAAGUGUUUACAUUGUCACUAAUUCUCAAUAACUCUUAAACCCCACUUUCUAUUUCUUUCAAAAUUCCUAGAAACUUUUCCACUCACUUUUUAGUAAAAACAAGCAGAAAUAAAAAAAUAAAAAACCAAUAGAAAAAGGAAUUUCUUUUUAGUAUAAGUGGAAAAUAAAAAGGAAUCUGAUUGCAUUUACCUUCUUUUUUAGGCUAAAUUAUACUUCUGCCAAAAUAGUUUUGGUUUUUUUUUUUCUUCUGCUUAAUAAUUGUAUUCUAGAAGUUGGAGAUAGAAAGAGAGAGAUAAUGGAGAAGAUUCUUCUGGCAUGGCAAGCUGCAACUCUAAGUGGAAUUGUGGCAUGGAUUGUAAUGUCAUCGAUUUUAGAUGUAACACGAAAGAUUAGAUUUUUAAUACAACCUUGGGUUAUACAUCAUGUUAAAACUGGCAUUCCUCUGAUUCUUCAGAUCCAGAAAUCACAACAUAAAGUGUUGGAUGCUCUAUUUUCUGGGGUUUCAUGUAUUGUUUCUGUGCCAUUUUACACUGGUUUUCUUCCUCUACUUUUCUGGAGUGGACAUGGGAAGUUAGCAAGGCAAAUGACACUUUUGAUGGCUUUUUGUGAUUACAUUGGGAAUUGUAUUAAGGAUGUGAUUUCUGCUCCAAGGCCUAGCUGCCCACCUGUUAGGAGAUUGACUGCUACUAAAGAUGAGGAAGAGAAUGCACAGGAAUAUGGUUUGCCUUCAUCUCAUACCCUCAACACAGUGUGCUUAUCUGGAUACCUCUUGUCUUACAUUCUAUCAUACAAUCCAAGGAGUGAUGGUCCUGAAGUAUUUGUUGGCUUCGCCAUGAUUUGCUUGCUGAUCGGCCUUAUAGCCCUUGGAAGAAUCUACCUUGGCAUGCACAGCUUGAUUGAUAUCAUUGGCGGGCUUGCCCUGGGAUUGAUUAUCCUUGCGUUUUGGCUCACAGUCCACGAGUAUGUUGACACUUUUGUCACUGCUGGGAAAAAUGUUACAACAUUUUGGGCUGCCCUAAGUUUCUUAUUGUUUUUUGCUUAUCCAACACCGGAGCUUCCCACGCCAAGCUUUGAGUUCCACACAGCCUUCAAUGGUGUUGCAUUUGGAAUUGUUGCCGGGGUACAACAAACAUAUCAUCAGUUUCACCAUGAGGAUGUUCCACGUAUAUUUACUCCCGAACUUGCGACUCCCACCUUUAUUGGGAGGAUCGCUGUGGGUAUACCCACUAUCCUACUAGUGAAAUUCUGCAGCAAGGCCUUGGCGAAGUGGAUCUUGCCAGUGGCAUUGAACACGAUGGGUAUUCCAAUUAGAUCAACAACUUAUCUUCCGGCUCUGAAUGGAUCCGCAACUGGUAAACAGUCGGGGUACCUUCAGAAAAUUUUCUUCUCUUCUCGUGGGGAUUCCUUUGAUGUUGAUUCAGGCAUCAGAUUUAUUCAGUAUGCAGGCCUUGCAUGGGCUGUGGUUGAUCUUGUUCCAACACUAUUUUCUCAGCUCAAUUUGUGAUGGUAUAAUCUUUGACAUGAUUCUGUAGAGUAUUCAUUGUUGAUAACCUUUUGCUUGGAAAUAGCAUAGUGAGUACAUAACUAAAUAUAUUGAUAUUCCCUUCAUUAGGAAAUUAUGGUCAUUCUAUACUCCUUAUGCCUGUAACUAAAAACAUUAAUUAUUCCCUUCAUUAGGAAAUAUAUAUAUUAACUAUUCCCUUCA